AUGAUGUCUGCUAGUGUGUCUUCUGCCAACAUGUUGCUGUUCAAUCUUUCGCGAUACGUGGACUCGGUCAACUUGUUCUGGCUGGGCCAUGGCGCGCAUCUCGACUUGGCCAUCGCAUCUUUUUGCCCUCAUGACGACGCCAGUUUGCGUCGCAGCCUCACACUCGACCACACCACACGACGAUGCCUUCGAGACGCCCAUAAGUUUGGACAUGAUGUCGACCACUCUGCCGGUGUCCAAGGCGACGCAGGCUCGAGUCCCCGCUAUUCUGUAGCAAGUCUGCAUGGUGUUCUCUGUUGGCAUGGCAACUGGGAUACUGUUUUUCGUGUUCUUCCGGCACAACAGGCCGUUGACGACUCGACUGGGCUCAGGCGAGACGAAUGA